ACCCACAUACCCGGUAGCUUAGCGGUGUUAAGUUCAGCUAAACGGUGUCGUGGACCUAUAAGUAAGCAGGAGGACAUCUGAUUAUCAACACAUGCCGCUGUUAAAGUCUCUCGAGUCUUUACGGUGAAAGAAGCUAUUAUCAUAGCCUCAGCCAACGACUUCAAGAUAACUACAGUUCAACUUCGUCAGAAAAACAGCACAACAUGUCAAUGACGAUUUUAGUCUUUUUCGGGACAUGUGUUGGGCUUGGAUCGGUUAUAGCAACGCCCGUUUUGAUGCAAAAUUUAAAUAGUGAUCAGGCCAUCAAUUUCAAAGCUGGUAGGCCACUUACUGACGAAGAACUCAGCAGCGACCUUUCCAGCUUAACGAGAGAUUACGCAGGAGAAUUCUUUCCGUGGGACAAACAGGAUCCUAACCUCCUAGAAGGUGACAUUAAGCCGUGGGGAGAAAAAGUUGCUAUCUUGGGAUCUAGUUAUCGUUGGCCGAAUGCGAUCAUUCCCUAUGUCAUCUCGGACGCAUACACUACCGCUCAGCGCGGAAUCAUUGCAUAUGGUAUGAGUGCCUACCACAACAACACGUGCAUUCGUUUCGUUCCACGAACCUGUGAAACCAACUACAUCAGGAUCUUCAAAAGUGGAUCAGGUUGCUGGAGCUACAUAGGCCUCAUCAACCAAGGUGCUCAGGAUGUGAGUCUCGACGAUGGAUGUGUCGCGUCUCAGGCACCGGGAAUCGUCAUGCACGAGUUUAUGCACGCCGCUGGAUUUUUCCACGAACAUUCGCGUCCAGAUCGUGAUACGUAUGUAUCCGUUAAUCUAAACAACGUUUUAGAGCAAUACAGACACAAUUUCAAUGCGCUGACAACGUCACAGGUCACCACCCUAGGACUUUCAUACGAUUAUGGAUCUGUGAUGCAUUAUCCAAAGGGAGCCUUUGCUAUUGACAAUACAAUUGACGUCAUUACGCCACUAAUUGGUACGCCCACCAUAGGACAACGAGCGGGAUUUAGUUCGCUGGAUCUCCAGAAACUAAAUGCAUUGUACUGCUCGACCACAUCUGGUUAAACAGUUUCUUUGUCCAGAAACUUUUUCGACAAACUCUGUUCUAUCUAUUACCCCCUUUUACAAAAAAUGAGAGAACUUGAUUGCCCAUUUUACCAAAAAGUAACAAUUAUCUUUUCAUGCUUUAACUUUUUCCCAUUGAAGGACACCUGAUCCCUGACACACUAAUGCACAGAUAGAAGCAUUCAAGUUCUGUUUGCUUUACUGGUGAAUUGCUUUUACUAUAUUCUUUAAAUACAUAGAGUUUUGUUUAGCAUGAAAAAUUGUAGUACCUGUGCAACUCACUGCAGAGGAAAAACCGUCAACUGAUUCACUGUUCACAGCAAUACAUACAGUAAAUAGAA